AUGACUAUCGCUCUGCUAAUCACCGGCGCCACCGGCAAGCAAGGUGGUGCCGUUAUCGACGGGCUACUGGCCCAGGACGCAGAUGUGGAGAUCCUCGCCGUCACCCGGAAUACCCAGUCUCCAGCGGCCCAGAAACUGGCUCAGAAGUCGGACAAGGUUAAGCUGGUUCAGGGCGAUCUCAACAAUCCGGCCGGGAUCUUUGAAAAUGCCAAGAAAGCUUCAUCCUUGCCUGUUUGGGGUGUUUUCAGUCUUCAGAGCCCCUUCGCUAAAGGCGAAAGUCUCGAAAGUGAAGAACGCCAAGGCAAGGCCCUGAUCGACGAGUCAAUCAAACAGCGCGUGCAACACUUCGUCCAGACGUCUGUAGAUCGUGGUGGCGAUGCGUCGACCGACAACCCAACCAAUGUGCCCCAUUUCAUUACCAAGUACAAUAUCGAACAACACCUAUUCGAGAAGACCAAAGACGGUGUUAUGGAUUGGACCGUUCUGCGACCCGUGUUCUUCUUUGACAACCUUACACCAGACUUUAUUGGCAAAGUGACUUCCACUUCCUGGGACGCAUAUCUACAGGGAAAGCCUCUCCAAUGCAUCGCGACUAGCGAUAUUGGCAUCAUUGCGGCAAAAGUUUUUUUACAGCACGAUCGAUUCAAGAACCAGUGUCUCUCCCUGGCGGGUGAUGAGCUUACCUUCGAGCAGAUGGCAAAGAAGUUCAAGACUCAAACGGGGCAGAAUGUGCCGACUACAUUCCGUUUCGUGGCCUACUUUGUUAUGUUGAUGGCCAAGGACUUGAGGCUCAUGUUCAAGUGGUUCUAUAACCAGGGGUACGGUGCCGAUAUCAAGCAGCUCAAGCAGAUCCAUCCGGGGUUGAAGGAUUUUGAUACCUGGUUGAAGGAGGAAAGCCAAUUUCUCAAGCAUUGA